GAGCGUAAGCCUCGCAACCUCACGGAGCGACGAGACAAGCCCGCAUCCUCGUUCUUGGCUGCAUCUAUAAAGGCGCAUACUCGUUUACAGCAUCAGCAAAUCCGAGGCAAUGCACCUCGCUCGACGUCUUCUGGCGAAUCAGCUGCAAGGAGGCUUCAGCGUAUACCCCAGGCAGACGAGCAGCCUCAUGCAAGCACGUGGCGUGUCACGCAAACAGACCGUCUGCCGUUUAAUCAUGCUCGCCUGAAUCAGCACGUCUGCGUGAUGACGGACUGA